AUCAGGCAGUUACGGCUGAGUCAUUCGCUAGUUGUUGGGUGCUCCACAACAGAGGUCAAGGGGGCAUCGGCGUUUAUCUAAGUCAGGGGACUGGACAGUUGAUAUCGCUAAAAAUCUUCUCAACCGCUCCAGUGCUAUAUUCCAACGCAAAGAAACUCACUAAACCGUAACUGAACGUUCCUUCGACCUGCCCUCAGUGUUUCGCUCCCAACCCGAGUUUCCUUCGUCCUGAGUGACUCAGCAGGAGGUUCGUUUCACCGCGCGUGGAUAUGUCAUUCUAGGAGAUAGGGGGUUUGUAGCAACUUAAGUCCGUGGCGAUCUUGAGAGGAUUUUUGUAGGUUUUGGACCUCCGCCUUACAGCAUAGGCUGUAGCGUGUCUGUAGCUGCACUGGCCUUGAGGCCAAUGAGCGCGGGAAAGGUUGCGGAAAGAGGGGGGGUAAUGGGGCGCCGGGUGACGUGGCAUGGUCUCGGCCUCCUAGCAAGCAGCGCGCGACGAAUCUAGCUUUGCGAAGGGCGUUGAGCGAAAGGAAAGUCUUGUUACAAAUCGCAGCUUGUGCCGCAAGCCAGCUCUGUUGCGGUGCGGAGUCCGUCCAUAGCAGACCUGACAGACUUGCAAAUACUUCACUGAAUGAGUCAGCAAGUCUCAGAGCGCUUCUGCACUGCAAGCGCUUCUGCGAGCGCUUCCGUGCGCCUCAGUCCUUGUUGUGACGCCAUCCAAUUGCCGUCGAAGCUCACGCGCGUGGCUGCUGUAUCCACCAUUUUCCACUGCAACGCGAUAUUCCAGCCAAUCACUGCUUCAUCGGUUUAUGCAUAACCUCGGCUGUCGUCAUCCUCCUCACUGACGCAGCAAGAGGGUGCGCAGGACGAUAGUGCGCGCAAGACGGUGCGCGCAAGACGGUGCGCGCAAGAGAGUGCGCAGGUCACGCGGAAGCGAAGUACACUACCACUCUGUAUCGUAGUAACAGAUACGCACAACACACAGAACCUCUUCCUGGCCAUAGUUUGACUACCUGCGACGUCACGGGAUCGCGAUGCUCAACGCGAGGCUCCGUGCGGUGCUCGUCAGCGCCGAGAAGCUCCAGCCGACGAUUUCGCAUAUCGGCGGUGCAGCUCGGUUAAUACGAAAACAGUUGGUAGGAUCAUCGGUGCAGUCUGGUGCAGCGAGUUGAUAGCGCCGAAGUGGAUGGCGCCGAACUACUCCGGGCCCCUGAGAGCUUUUCUUCUGAAGGCUCCCCAAGCCAAUAGAACUCACCACAAUCGCACUACUCUGAGGUAUUCUGUACGUCAGUCCAAACUCCGUCGCUGGGAACCUAAGGAAAGCCUCACCCGAGCCUGUCACCCGAGCCUGUCACCCUAGUCUCACCCGAGCUUGUACAAUCCCGUAGUUCGCCAUGGCUACUGAAUUUUCUCAGCGCGCGGGGCCGACGGAGCCGUACGUGGUGAUGGGAAUCGAGUACUGCGUGCCGCAUGAGACGGUGCUUGUAUUGAAGGAGAACAUUUUUUCUUUGCAUGGGAGGGCGGAGAUUCGCGACACCGAGGGCCAGCUGUUCUUCAUGUCAGAAAAUAAGUAUGUUAAUGAGGAUACGUACGUUAAUGAUGGUGUCUUUACACUCGCGAAAGACGGUGUACAACGCCAAGGAUCAGCCCGUGUUCACGCAGUCGAGCUCGCUCCUUAGUCUUCAUGACACCACCUUCCUAACUGCGGGUGAAAGCACGGACCUUAACGACGCGCUGGUGACUGCAAAAAAGGAGUUACUCUCCUUCGCCGAAGCUCUUAAUGUUUUCCUGAAGGGGAACGUGUCUCGUAAUCCAGACAUCAUUGUCGAAGGCAAAUUUUUCUAUCACGAUUACACUAUCACCACAUCCAGUGGGCUUCUUUUGGCAGAAGCGACGCUUAAUUUGGCACGUACACAGGUUAUGAACGCCCAAGAAUAUGGUGUGCGCAUCAAGCCCAAUGUAGAUAUGGCUCUCAUCAUUGGGCUUGUUGGCAUGGUUCACACCAUCUUUUUCAAAACCAAGGACAAGAACACUAUAAGGUUAAGACUCUGAGAUGGUUUCAAUUACGGUAGUUGCGAUGAUGUCUAAGUUUGUAUUGGGUCCCCAUAGGAUCUUUUGGGAAGGCAAGUCUGCGGAAGUCUUUGUUGGUGGAGGCAUUUGUUAAAUUAUAUAUGUUAGUAUAUAAUUGUAGGCUUGGUAGUCGUUGUUAAGAACUGAGUGAAUUAGU